AUGGCCAUACCAAUGAUUAAAGACAUUAAGAAAAGCCUUACCAUUGAUGGUUCGGAAUUGACUAUCGUGGGUAACUUACAGACUAAUGUCUUUUUUGGUCGUACUAAAAAAGAAGACAUGGAUGAGUUUCCCAUCAUGACUUUUGAGGAACUGCUUCAAGCAACUGAGGUAGGAUUGGUUCGCACUCUUUGUACGGUUAAAGAAAAUGAUACUGACUAUUCUUGGUUCUAUUAUGCAUGUAAAAUAUGCAACAAAAAAACUAUUAAGGAGGAUGUCAUUAAGCUGGAAGAUGUUAAUGCAAAACCUAUACCAAGAUUUUGGUGUGAGGUCUGUAAAGAUUACGCUAAAGGCGUCUCUCCAAAGUUUUGGAUUCACCUUAAUAUCAUUGACCAUACUGGUGAGACUAGAAUUAUGAUGUUUGUCAGUUUUGCUGAGGAUAUCGUUGGGACGGCUGCUACUGAAAUCAUACCUAAAGGAUCAUUUGAUCUGGGUUCUCUCAUGAUAAGCGAUGGUGUAGAGACGUCUGAAGUAGGUAUCUCAAAUUCCUCAACUCCAUCAUCAAAAAGAGAUUCGACUAGCAUGAAAGAAGGAGAUGUCCAGUCAUCAACAUCCAAAAAGCAAUGUUCCAAGAUGGGUGUACUAGAUGAUGUCAAGGUUGCUACAAAGGAUGAUAAGGAAAAACAUAAACUUGACUAA